CCCACUUCACCACUAAGAACUAAGAAGAAAGAGAAGAGAAAUAAUGGCUGCCCUUUCAUGUUUCAUUCUUCUUUUUGCUCUUUCUCUUCUCACACCCUCUUUUGUUUCUUCCUCUGCAGUUCCAGACCCUGAAUUGGUUGUUCAAGAGGUACAAAGAAGCAUCAAUGCCUCAAGGAGAAACUUGGGUUAUUUAUCAUGCGGAACCGGGAAUCCCAUCGACGACUGCUGGCGGUGCAACCCAAACUGGGAGAACAACCGCCAGAGACUAGCGGACUGCGCCAUCGGGUUCGGCAAGGACGCCAUCGGCGGAAGAAACGGCCGAAUAUACGAGGUCACAGACUCCGGCAACGACGACGCCGUGAACCCAAAGCCGGGAACCCUCCGUUACGCCGCCAUACAAGACGAACCCCUGUGGAUAAUCUUCAAGAGGGACAUGGUCAUCACGCUAAAGCAAGAGCUUCUGGUGAACUCUUUCAAGACAAUCGACGGCAGAGGCGCGAGCGUGCACAUCGCCGGCGGGGGCUGCAUCACCAUACACUACGUAAGCAACGUGAUCGUUCAUGGGAUUCACAUUCACGAUUGCAAGCCCACCGGGAACACCAACAUCAGAGACUCGCCGGAGCACUCCGGGUUUUGGACGAAAUCGGACGGCGACGGAAUCUCCAUCUUUAACUCGAAGCAUAUUUGGAUCGAUCAUAACUCGCUGUCGAAUUGUCAGGAUGGGCUGAUCGAUGCCAUUCAUGGAUCCACCGCCAUCACCAUCUCCAACAAUUACAUGACCCACCAUGACAAGGUUAUGCUUUUGGGACACAGUGAUUCCUACACGCAGGACAAGAACAUGCAGGUCACCAUAGCCUUCAAUCAUUUUGGAGAAGGUCUUGUCCAAAGAAUGCCAAGAUGCAGACACGGGUAUUUUCAUGUGGUGAACAACGACUACACACACUGGGAAAUGUAUGCCAUUGGAGGGAGUGCGAACCCGACCAUCAACAGCCAAGGAAACAGGUUUCUUGCUCCAGACAUUAGGUUCAGCAAAGAGGUAACAAAGCAUGAGGAUGCUCCACAGAGUGAGUGGAUGAGCUGGAAUUGGAGAUCAGAGGGUGACAUGUUCUUGAAUGGAGCAUACUUCAGGCAAUCUGGUGCUGGUGCUUCUUCCAUCUAUGCUAGAGCUUCAAGUCUCAGUGCAAGACCUUCUUCUCUUGUUGGAUCCAUGACCGUCACUGCUGGUGCACUUACCUGCAGAAAGGGAAACCGUUGCUGAUGAUGAACACAUUAUCACUUCAACUAUUAGCCAACAAAUUAAUCAAAUAUAACUGCUGGGGACACCACAAACAAAUUAAUGUGUAUUAAUUUAAUUCACCUUAUGCUUAAAUUGCUUCCCCUUCAGUUACCUAUAUAUAUAUAUUAAUAGAAAUUAAGUUAUACCCACUUGUUUAUUUGCCUUGAGGACUUAAAUACAGCCUCUGCUAUUUGCUUUCCAAGUGCUUUUUCUUCGUUUUAAUUGCAAUUUUGAUUCCUAUAUAGUUACCAUUA